ACUACAGGCGCGCCAUUCAACGAGUUCCGGUCUCCGAAUCUAACCUAUGACACGAAUUUGAGAUGUUAUCUGUCUGACUUAUGCGACAACUCCUUGCUUGACCGACACAUUUCGACUCAAACCUCUACCCCUCCACGCCCAGACACCAUGCCUGGUCGAUCUUCCGCCCGUUCGACCUCUGCGACGACAUCGCGUAGACCGUCCGCCCAACCAUCAAUAUCAGGCGGGCGCGCGGGCUCUGUAACUCCUUCCGUCGCCAUCCCGGAGGAACCCCCUUUGCCCGAGGCUUUUCCCAAUUUGCGCCGGGAUAUCUGUUCACUCUUCGCUGAUGCGCAACGCUCGACAACCGGACACCGAAAACUCGUCGUACGACUGAGAAAGCUCCAGGAAUCUUGCUGCGGGAUAUCACAGAAGAACACUAAGAAGAAUGGUAAGGAGGUUCAAGAGGAGACUUUGAUCCCAGGUGAAGAGACACUCCCCGAAACGGAAUUUAAUGUGGAGAUUGGUCGGUGCAUGCUACGAAUUUUGCCCAUAAAAAAGUCAGAACCCGUUGGCGACCGUGUAUUGCGCUUUAUUGGCACUUUCUUGACCCAUGCAUCCGAAAAGGAUGCCGAAAUUUUCGCUACCGAUGAUGAUGAAGUCAGCGCCGAAACGCCCACGUCCCGUUUGGCCUCCAGCCUGGUUGCCAAAAUCAUUCCGUUACUAGCUGCUAAAGAUAGGACUGUUCGUUUCCGUGCGACACAAAUAACUGCGCACAUUGUGAACUCUCUCGAAACGAUUGACGACGACCUGUACCAUACUAUCCGGCAGGGCCUCCUAAAGCGGAUCAGAGAUAAAGAACCAUCAGUGAGAGUGCAAGCUGUGAUGGGUCUUGGCCGCUUGGCAGGCAACGAGGAUGAAGAUGAUGAGGAUAGUGCAGUCUUGGUCGAGAAGCUUGUUGACAUCAUGCAGAAUGAUACAAGCGCAGAGGUACGGAAAACUUUACUCCUCAACCUACCUCUUCUCCGCAAAACGCUUCCAUACCUUCUUGAACGAGCUCGCGAUCUUGACGCUGCCACACGGCGAGCAUUAUAUGCGCGUUUACUCCCUACUCUAGGUGACUUCCGACAUUUAUCACUAUCAAUGAGAGAAAAGUUGCUCCGUUGGGGUCUAAGAGAUCGUGACGAAAGUGUUAGGAAGGCUACCGGGAAGCUCUUUUACGAUCGGUGGAUUGAGGAUGUUGCUAGUACGGAUAACGACGAGGAAGGCCCAGCAAAUCAACGCUCUCCGCCAAACAUACCAGCCCUCAUGGAGCUGCUCGAGAGAAUCGAUGUGCUGAACUCUGGCAUUGAAACCGGUAUAGCUCAUGAAGCCAUGCGUAGCUUCUGGGAAGGUCGCCCUGAUUAUCGGGAAGCGGUCAUCUUCGAUGAGGAGUUCUGGGAGUCCUUGACGGCUGAAUCAGCUUUCCUCCUUCGCUCAUUCAACGACUUCUGUCGUGUGGAGCACGACGGAAAGUUCGACAACUUAGCUGACGAAAAAAUGCCUGAAGUGACUGCCCUUGCCUACUUCUUAAACAAAUACAUGACCGACCUAUUGCAGCGGAAGAAGACGGCCAAGGAAGCCGGUACGGCCAACGACGAUGACUCCGUCGAACAUGAGUUUGUUGUUGAACAGCUGUUGCAUAUUGCCAUGACCCUGGACUACAGUGACGAAGUUGGCCGACGCAAGAUGUUCUCAUUACUACGCGAAUCCUUGGCAGUUCCAGAGCUGCCUGAGGAAUGUACUAAACUCGCCAUCGAGACACUGCGAUUUGUUUGUGGGCCAAACGCUGCUGCCGAGAACGAGUUCUGUAGUGUUGUUCUGGAGGCCAUUGCCGAAGUUCACGAUACCAUUGCCACUGAAGAUAGCUUCGUAUCGGCCAGAUCAGAGAUCAGUGAAUCCUCUAGUCGUCAGCGAUCUGAAACUCCCGAAGCAAAGCCUUUCAACAAAGAAGAGGCUAAAGCAAAGGUUCUCAAAGAGAUCAUGGUCAACAUGAAAUGUCUUCACAUUGCACUUUGUAUGUUGCAAAAUGUGGAGGGCAAUCUGCAAGCAAACAUGAAUUUGGUUACGAUGCUGAAUAACCUGGUCGUUCCUGCGGUCCGUAGUCAUGAGGCGCCAAUUAGAGAAAGAGGUCUUGAGUGCCUCGGGCUUUGCUGCUUGCUUGACAAGACCUUGGCCGAAGAGAACAUGACACUUUUUAUCCAUUGCUACAGCAAAGGCCACGAGGCUUUGCAGACGACGGCCUUACACAUCCUUUGCGACAUGCUGACGACUCAUCCAUCGUUGCUCGCGCCUGUUACCCAGCCUGACGGAGAAACUGUGACGCCGCCGGUGUUCCAGAAGCCGUUGCUGAAAGUCUUUGCUAGGGCACUCAAGUCGAGCUCUCCGAACAGUGUCCAAGCAACGGCCGCCACUGCUCUUUCCAAGCUGUUGCUCACUAAUACCUUUACUCCCUCUGGGGCUAAUGUCCCUCCAGCUAUCCAAGAGUACAACCAAACAUCCGUCGAGACCCUCUUGCAGUCACUUGUGGUUACAUUCUUCCACCCCCGUACUCGCGAAAAUCCCGCACUCCGGCAGACUUUAGCCUACUUCCUCCCUGUAUACUGCCACUCUAAGCUUUCAAAUACCGAACAUAUGCGCAGGGUUUCCGUACCGAUUGUCCGGGCAGUCCUCAAUGCGGCAGAGGAGCACUUUUCACUUGAAGCGGAAGAGGACAGUGAUGGCGACAUCGAUGAGAGUGUUGGACAGCGGGAAUUGAAGGCGCUGAUGAGUGGUGUUUUGGGUAUGCUCGCGGAGUGGACUGACGAACGGCGAGUCGUUGGGCUGGGCGGAGAAAAGAUCCUCGCAGGUGGCGCAGCCAGUUCCAACGUCUGUGGCUGGGUUCAUCUUGCGUUGGUGAAGGACAUCCUGGAGCGUGUGCUGGGGAUCAGCGAAGGUCCCAACCGCUGCUCUAAAGAAGAGAAGAAGCUCCUCUUCUCUCUACUUAGCAAGCUUUACAUCGCUCCUCCCUCUGUGCCCUCAAGGGCUGGUUCUCGCAAUCCGGAGGGCGAAGACCCAGUCGCCCCGAGUGCUCGGAGUAACCAAAGCGAAGUUAGCCCCGAGAAUGCUGCGCUUGCGCAAGAGGUGAAAGAGCUUCUGGACGAAACAAUCGAAGAAGGUUUGGCUUCUGAAGCGGCUAGUAGGAAUGCCCUUGUCAAGGUCAAAAACUCGGUCCUUAAGCUCCUGGCAACGGCUCAAGGCCGCCCGAGCAGCUCCCGAGCUCGCGAGGGAACUGAGGAGGGAGACAGUGAUAUGCUCAGUCUUCGUUCCGGCCGGUCCGGUAGCGUCCGUCCCUCCAUCGAGCCUGGUGCUUAUCGUCGCGGGGUGUCUAUCGAACCCAGCAUUAUGGAGGAAGACGAGAACGAGGAUAGCAGGACGACGAUCAAGUCUGAAGCACAUGAUUACUAGAAGUUGCCUAAUGCGUUCCUUUUCUGGGUUGGCGUUGGCUGAUGGGUCAUGUUGGGAUAUGGUCUCGGGACGAUAUACGGACUUGUUACAAUGUAUUUAAUUCAUGUUUAUACAUUUCGAGGCUUAUUUGUAAAUGGUUUCUAUUAUUUCGACGCAAGAUACUUGAAACGCCAGAUGUUAGUUAAUAAUGAUCGUCGAAACUUGAAUUCUGCCUUUAAUAUUUCAUAAAACAUGUAGUCCAAGG